CGCGCCAGGGACGCCCCACCCUCUGCCCUGGCUCCGGGAUUUGGGGCGCCGCUUGUGGAGUCCUGAGCCUGAACCCGGAGCGCAUCUCCGCGUUGCCGGGUAGCCAGCGCCCGCGUGGCGAGGCUGGGGGACGAACCGGCAGGGAGCACCCAGCCCCAAUGCGCCCGGCCCGCGAGGCCGCCGGCAGCCGCCUCUGAGAAGUUGGGGGGCGGCGCCCGGCGAACACCCCACGCCGCCGCAGCCGUUGCAGGGGGCUCGGAAACCGGUUUGUUUCGUCCGGUGGCGCAGACCCGUGUCCCGGGGCGUUGGCCGGAGUGGCGCGGGCUGCGGCCCAAUGCCCUUUCUGGACCGCGGGGGGGCGCCUCGGGCUAGCUGAGCCCCGCGGGAAGGCGGCGACCCCCGGACGGUGCCCGCCCACGGCCUGGGUCCUGAGCCUAUCUGUUAAGAUGCCUUAGAAAAAGAACCAUGGAGAAGUAUGUUAGAGUACAGAAGAUUGGAGAAGGUUCAUUCGGAAAAGCCAUUCUUGUUAAAUCUAUAGAAGAUGGCAGACAGUAUGUUAUCAAAGAAAUUAACAUCUCAAGCAUGUCCAGUAAAGAAAGGGAAGAAUCAAGGAGAGAAGUUGCAGUGCUGGCAAACAUGAAGCAUCCAAACAUUGUCCAGUAUAGAGAAUCAUUUGAAGAAAAUGGCUCUCUCUACAUAGUGAUGGAUUACUGUGAAGGAGGGGAUCUGUUUAAACGAAUAAAUGCCCAGAAAGGCAUUUUGUUUCAAGAGGACCAGAUUUUGGACUGGUUUGUACAGAUAUGUUUGGCCCUGAAACAUGUACAUGAUAGAAAAAUUCUUCAUCGAGACAUAAAAUCACAGAACAUAUUUUUAACCAAAGAUGGGACGAUACAACUUGGAGAUUUUGGAAUUGCUAGAGUUCUUAAUAGUACUGUGGAGCUGGUUCGGACUUGCAUAGGGACCCCAUACUACUUGUCACCCGAAAUCUGUGAAAACAAACCAUAUAAUAAUAAAAGUGACAUUUGGGCUCUGGGGUGUGUCCUUUAUGAGAUGUGCACGCUUAAACAUGCAUUUGAAGCUGGCAAUAUGAAAAACCUGGUACUGAAGAUCAUAUCUGGAUCUUUUCCACCCGUGUCUUUGCAUUAUUCUUAUGAUCUCCGCAGUUUGCUCUCUCAACUAUUUAAAAGAAAUCCUAGGGAUAGACCAUCAGUCAACUCCAUAUUGGAGAAAGGUUUUAUAGCCAAACGCAUUGAAAAGUUUCUCUCCCCUCAGCUUAUUGCAGAAGAAUUUUGUCUAAAAACAUUUUCCAGGUUUGGAGCACAGCCUAUACCAGCUAAAAGACCAGGUUCAGGACAAAGCUUGGCUUCUGUUGUGUCUGCUCAGAAAAUUACAAAGCCUGCUGCUAAAUAUGGAGUCCCUUUAACGUAUAAGAAAUAUGGAGAUAAAAAAUUACAUGAAAAGAAACCACUCCAAAAACAUAAACAGGCCCAUCAAAGUCCAGUGAAGAAAGUGAAUCCUGGAGAAGAAAGGAGGAAACUGUUUGAGGAACCAGUAAGGAAGAGAAGGUUGGAAUUGAAUGAAAAAGAAAAGAAACAAAAGGAUCAGAUUAGUUUAAUGAAGGCUGAACAGAUGAAAAGGCAAGAAAAGGAAAGGUUGGAGAAAAUAAAUAGGGCCAGGGAACAAGGAUGGAGAAACGUGCUGAGUGCUGGUGGAAGUGGUGAAAUGAAGGCUCCCCUUUUUGGCAGUGGAGGGGCUGUGGCUCCAUCAUCUUUUUCAUCUCGCGGACAGUAUGAACAUUACCAUGCCAUUUUUGAUCAAAUGCAGCAACAAAGAGCAGAAGAUAAUGAAGCUAAGUGGAAAGGAGAAAGACAUGGCCGAAGGCUUCCAGAAAGGCAGAAGGGGCAGCUGGCUGUGGAAAGAGCAAAGCAGGUAGAAGAGUUUCUACAGCGAAGACGGGAAGCGAGGCAGAACAAGGCUCGGGCUGAGGGGCAUAUGGGCACCCUGCACAACCUGGCAGCUCUGUGCGAAGGCAGGCGCAGCUCUUCACGAGGAGGGAAGCCGAGAAGCAAAGAGGAAGAGGUUUAUCUGGCAAGGCUGAGACAAAUAAGACUGCAGAAUUUCAAUGAGCGCCAACAGAUUAGAGCGAAGCUUCGUGGUGAAAAGGCAGAAGCUGACAGCUCCAAAGGACAGGAAGGAAGUGAGGAGUCUGACGUGAGGCGUAAGAAAGUGGAAGUGCUGAAGGCCCAGGUGAGCGCCCGCGCGGCUGUGCUGAAGGAGCAGCUAGAACGUAGGAGGAAGGAGGCGUACGAGAGAGAGAAGAAGCUGUGGGAGGAGAAUUUGGUGGCCAAAGGAAUAAAGAACUCUGAUGUGUCUCCACCUUCAGGACAGCAGGAAACAAGUGGCUCUCCAUCAAAGCAACAGAUGAGACCUGUUAUUUCUGUGACUUCUGCUUUGAAAGAAGUGGGUAUGGACAGAAGUUUGACUGAUGCCCAAGAAACCUCAGAAGAAAUGCAAAAGACUAACAGUGCUAUUUCGAGUAAGCGCGAAAUACUACGUAGAUUAAAUCAAAAUCUUAAAGCUCAAGAAGAUGAAAACGGAAAGCAGAGUCACUCUGAAAUCGGUGCAAUAAUUGUUCACGAAGACGCCAAAGAGCAGGAAAAAGAAAAAUCGGUUUCAUCGGAUCGCAAGAAAUGGGAGGCUGGAGGCCACCUGGUGAUUCCUGUGGAUGAAUUGGCACUGGACACGUCCUUCUCUGUGACUGAAAAACGUACAGUGGGAGAGGUUAUUAAAUUAGAUCCUGGCGGAUCUCCAAGAAAAGUCUGGGGGAAAAGUCCUAUAGAUUCUGUUCUAAAGGUACUUGGAGAAGCUGAACUACAACUUCAGACAGAACUAUUGGAAAAUACAACUAUUAGAAGUGAGAUUUCUCCUCAAGGGGAGGAGUGCAAACCCUUAAUUACUGGAGAAGAAAAAAUAAAAUGUAUUUCACCUGAAAUGAAUCCAUCAGCUACUGUUGAUUCUUCUGUGGAGACAGACAGUCCAAACUUUAGUGAGCCAUCUCCACAGACGGCAUUGAAACCAGAAGGAAAUUUGGAUGAGCCUGAUGACUUGGAAGCAGAAUUUCUACAGGAGCCAAGUAGAGCAGACGGGGACGGUGGCUUGCAAUGCCCUGUACUCGACGUGUGGGUUAGUGAGAUUAAAGAAGCAAAGGAGGCUGAUUUUUUUGUUUGUUUGUUUUGCGGUACGCAGGCCUCUCACUGUCGUGGCCUCUCCCGUUGCGGAGCACGGGCUCCGGACGCACAGGCUCAGCUACCGUGGCUCACGGGCCCAGCCGUUCCGCAGCAUGUGGGAUCUUCCCAGACCGGGGCACGAACCCGUGUCCCCUGCAUCGGCAGGCAGACUCUGAACCACUGCGCCACCAGGGAAGCCCUUUCCAGUAUUUUUUAACACUCGUUUCUUUCUCUCCAGUUGCAUUGCUUAGUACACCUUUUAUACAGUGUUAAAUAUUGGAAAUAGGGCUAUCUUUGUCUUGUUCUUAAUUUCAGUGAAAUGAUUCUAAUGUUAACCCUCGUUAGGCAUGACUAUAAUUUCUAGCUCAGAGCAGUAUUUACUCGUAUUUUACUGGCUAAAAAAGUCAGGAGUGUAUUUUGUCAAAUGACCUUUCGGUAUCUAUGGAUUUUGAUAAUUAUGGAACCAUUCAUAUAGAACCAUUCAUAUAACUGUUUUCCUUUAUCUGUUGGUAUAAUGAAUUAUAUUAAUAGGUUACCUAAUAUUGACCUAUCCUGCAUACCUUAGUAAACUCUACUUGGCCAUGAUGUGCUACUAUUUUAAUGUACUUCUGUUUGCUAAUGCUUCAUUUUAGGAUUUUUGCAUUAGUACUCUGGAGAGUCAUCUGUAGUUCCCUUUCGUCAUGGGAAAUCGCUGUUGUAUUUUGGUGUUCUUUUUAUCUUCCUUCUUAAAAAGUAAUUGGAAGUUCCUUCCUUUGCUGUGCUUGUAACAAGGAUUGUCAAAUGUUUUCUGUAAAGGGCCAGAUUGUAAACUUUUUUGGCCGUGUAGACCAUAUGGUCUGUGAUGCAGUUGUUCAAUUCUGCCUUUGUUCUGCAAAAGCAGCCAUAGGUAACACAUAAACAGGUGAGCAUGGCUGCUCCAGUGCAACUUUAUCUGUGAAAACAGGAGGUGGGCUGGACUUGGACAUGGAUGCAAAGCUGUACAAGCAUGUUUAUUGCAAGAGAGUCGUAGGAAAUCAUUUGAAAUAGUCUAAAUAAUCAUUAAUAUGGAAGUACCUAAAAUACUGUUCUCAGUAUACUGCAUAGUGGGUAUGCAGCACUGAAAUAAAAUGGAGCUCUAUGUAUUAAUAUGGAAAUAUGUCAAAAUAUUGAAUGAUUAACAGAAUAAAAUUAUAUUGAAUAAAAAACAUUUCCAUAUAUUAGAGUGAUGCUAUGAUAAUCCUAUUAAAAUUAUUAUAUAUCCUUAAGUGAAUAUACAUGUAUGUAAAUUUAAGGGAAAAGUAUGGUAAGAUGUACACAAAACUGAUAACAGUAAAGGCAACUGGGAAUUGAGUGGUUAGGGGACUCCUAAAAGAAUCACUUUUUUUUAAUUAAGGUAAAAUUUAUAUAACAUAAAAUUUAUCAUUUUAAUCAUUUUAAAGUAUACAAUUUGCCACUAUAUGGUUCCAGAACAUUCUCUCAACCCCAAAGGAACGCCUGUGCCCAUAAGCAGCCACUCCCCAUGUUCCCCUCCCCCAGCCCCUGGCACCACUGAUCUGCUUCUAUCUCUGUGGAUUUGCCUAUUCUGGAUUUGACAUUUCCUGUGGAACCGUACAGUGUGUGGCUUUUUGCAUCUGGCUUCUUUUACUUAUCAUACUGUUUGCAAAGCUUAUCUGUGUUUUAGGAUGUAUCAGUUCUUCAUUCCUUUUUAUAGCUGAAUAAUAUUCCGUUAUAUGAAUAUACCCUAUAUGUUUAUCCAUUGAGCAGUUGACGACAUUCAGCAGGUGAUGGUGGGUCAUUUCCAGAGUUACUUCUGCCUUUUGGUUCUUUUGAAUAGUACUGCUAUGAACAUGGUGUACAAUUCUAUGUUUGCACACCUGUAUUCAGUUCUUUUGAGUAUAUAUAUUUAAGAGUGGAAUUGCCACAGCAUAUGGUAAUUUUAUGUUUCACUUUUUGAGGAACCAAGGAACAUUACAUUUCAAAUGAAGAAGUGUAUUACUUGUAUGAUUAAAAAUAAAGAAAAACUUUUAGAAAUAAAAAUAGAAAAUUGCUCAAAAUUUAAAACUGAAAAAUUAUUUAAAUUUGAAAUGGACUAAAAAGUACUAGCAAAAUUAAAACUGCCUGAUAAACGAAAACCCCAGAAAUAAAUUACUGGCAACUUUUGCAAUAUAUUUUUCUAGUUUUUACAUUUUUGUAAAAAAAUGAAUACAUCCAUUUAGUUCCCAGCAUGUAUUGAGAUAAAAAUUGUGAGUCCUUCUUUACAUAAAUCAGUUCAUUCCCUUUAAGGGUUAAAACGUUUUUGUGCAUAUUAUUCUAUUCCUUUUACUGUGCUACCCAGCAUUUUUUCAGAUCCUAAUACCAUUUAAUAUAAAUUGGUCUGAAAAUUGCUUACUUGAUAAUAUAUCUUGACUAUCAUUCCAUAUCUGAUUAUACAGAUCUCUACUUCAUUUUUUAAAUAGCUGUAUAAUAUUUCAUAGUGUAUAUCAUCAUUGUUUUCUAUUCUCUGAUAUUAAGGGGCAUUUUGAUUGCUUAUAGAAGUGGUUCUCAAACAUUGCAACAUUUAAAACAACUUUCUCAGCCUUAUCCUCCAAAGUUCCUGACUCACAGGACUAGGGCAGGGCCUGAGAAUUUGCAUUUCACACAGGUCUCCAUGUGUUGCUGACGUCUAGGGGCUGCACUUUGGGAACCACUGGGAUGAGAAUGUUGAGCCUGGUUGUUGUGAAUAAGUGUGACUGGUGAAGGUUUGAACAGCUGAAACGUAGGAUUGUGCUUAUGAGAGACAGUGUGUGUAUAAGUGAGAAGAGUGCUCAGAAGAGGGAUCACAGGGCUCUAGUGAACUUGUGUUCCACUCUUUUUGUUUCUCCCACUCUUUUGUAUUUGAGAGUGUUUUUAUUUCUAGUAAACCAUGUUUUCUUAACUGGUGUUUC